AUUGCUUCUUCGAUUUAUUCAGCUUUACCAUCCUUUGGUUUCGCAUCUUUUAAUCUUGUCUCUGCUAAAAAGGAACGUGUACAAAUGUCGAUCGCUGAAAGCAAGUUUAAUUCAGUUUUACCAAUGCGAACUCUAAUUAUAGAUGGUGCACGUUUGGGUGAACGGAUAUAUGCUGCUCCAUCUUUCUAUAAACUCGCUGUCGUUACAGAUGCUCUCGGUCGUAUAUUUUUAAUCGACACCGCGAAAAGGCGAUUAAUACGUGUUUGGAAAGGUUAUCGGGAUGCACAAUGCGCAACGGAUUCAUCCAACAUGUCCUCUAAAUCAGUUGCUUUAUUUUUGGUUAUAUAUGCAUCUCGACGUGGAUUGCUGGAAAUAUGGUCUAUGCAGGCACGCAUUUUGAUCAGUUUUUUGCACUUUAUUUUUUUCUUAUUUGGAACAUUUUUUUCUAAAUAUUUUCCCGGUAUUGUUUUCAUAUGUUUUCUCUAUGGACUUUUGGACUUUUCUUUUUGUUUAGAAUGGCUUGCUUUAAUACUUUUGCAAAUGUUGUUCGAAUUUCCGCAUUUGCAACAUGGUUUAUGUCGUCUUCUUUGGGAUACGUUUUUCCUGCAGUCUUUUCGGCAGUUGUGGGAUUUACUGAAUAAGGAAGGAGGUCUUCCUCGGAAAACCACUUCAAGCGAGAAUAAUGCUAUUCCAUCGGAUUAUCUGGUAAUUUUAACUGUAUUAAUUGGGCUAUCGCUUAAUUUACGACAAAAACCUUGCAAAAUGUUUGAUGCCAUAGGUGAACGAGCAUUAUUUAUUGCAUUAAAUGAACAUCCGCUUAUACCAAUGGAUAAUGUUGCUGAUAGUUUACGCGAAAGACGUCAAUUAUUUCUAGAAUCGUGCGUAAAGGAGAUUUGCCAUCAAACCAACAAUGAGCAGUAUUGGAAACUAGUUCUUGAUUUAUCUCACGAUUGGAAACUUGACGUCGCAAGUUUGAAAAUCAAAGUAAUUCCAUUUGAUAUUCUAAAUUUCAGGAGAUCGUGGAACUAUAUACAGAUGGACGAGAUAAUGAAGCUAAAAAGCUGGUCUCAGGUAUUGAUGCGAAAUUUGCACUGGUUCAAAAAUUGUUACCCGUUCUUUUGUCUCGAACUCGUGCUUUAUUAG